UGUCAUAUUAUCACACAAACAUUGUCUGUCUAACACCAAUGUCAAAAUGGCACAUGAGACGUGAUCCAGUAUUAUUUUCUAAUAGUUAUUUCUCUCUGACUAGUAUACCUGCCUUAUACCUGCGGUUAUUACGAUAUUUGCUAAAUAUUUUGACUAGAAUAUGACUUACAAAUAAAUCAUGGGAACAGUGAAUAUACUUAGCUGUAACCUGUAGGUAGCUGUAAACUACUGCAUCUUGGAGGCAGAGUAUCGUUAUAUUGAUACUGGUGUGAGUUCAUAACAGAAGAUAGCACAUUAUGAUGCCUAAACGAACAUGGAAAACAAGGAUUUUAAAAGUGCGAGUGAUUAAUUGCAUAUUUUUUAUAUUAGCUGUGAAGGCAAUAAUUAAGUUAUUAACAACAUGUGGCAUCUACAACUAUUCACAUCUCCCUGCGGAGGUAAUAGAAACACAACUCUAUAAGCAAAUAUCACCAACUUUCAUUACACAGAAAUCUAAACCAGAUUGUAAAUAUGAUGGAGUACUUAAGAGUGAGUUGUCUAUAUCAAAUUGGGAGGUACCAAAAACAUUUGAUGACUUCUCAGCAACAGGCUUGGUAAAUGGCAGUUUCAUUCCGGAUCACUGCACUCCAAUGUUUAGUGUUGCUAUAAUAGUAGCUUACAGGAAUAGACAGAGACAACUAGACAUAUUCCUACCUUAUAUGCAUAACUUUCUGAGAAAACAAAAUAUACACUACAGAAUAUAUUUAGUGGAACAACAAGAUGAGAAAAUAUUUAACAAGGGUAUUCUGUACAAUGUUGGAGCAAAAGUGGCAAUCAGGGACAAGUUCCCCUGUCUGAUCCUACACGACGUAGACUUGCUGCCGCUGGACGCGAACAACCUGUACGUGUGCGCGAACGAGCCGCGGCACAUGAGCGCCAGUAUCGACAAGUUCAGAUUUGUGCUCCCCUACGACUACCUGGUGGGCGGCGUGCUGGCGCUCAAGUCGGAACAAUACGUGCAAGUCAACGGGCUAUCGAACAGGUUCGAAGGCUGGGGAGGCGAAGAUGAUGACUUUUCAUGGAGACUCAGUUCACAUAAAAUUAAUGUUAUCAGGUAUCCUCGUGAAAUGUCCCGCUAUACGAUGUUGAGGCAUCCACAGGAGCGCAAAAACACUCGGCGCUCAACUGUCAUGAAGGAGAACAAGCAGAACCCAUCGACCAACGUGAAGGACGGAUUCACUUCGACGCGGUACCAUAGCAUGCACGUCAAGAACCACCGACUGUUUACACACGUCGGGGUGGUGGUGUGACUGUAAGCUUCAUUGUCGCCCAGGGGCGGUCUGGCCAUACAAGCCAGUCGGCGAUCGCCGAGGGCCCCGGGCCUGUAGGGGCUCCGAAAUAGGCCCGGGGAAAAAUUUUUCGUUCUUACUAAACAUUUUUUUUACACGAGAGUCCGGGUUUAUAAGGGCCCCAAAUCGUUUCUAAUUAUAUUUAUUUCAUUAAAAAUAAAUAUUUUUGUAGUAAGAAAAAAUGUUUCUUUUCAAGCAAACAGUUCAAUCUUAAGAAACAAAAGUCUAAUGCAUUUCUGUAAUUAUCAACCUGCCCAACAAAAUGGCCUUAAAAUGUUGACCCCUAAAUCAGAUGCGAAGGUAUCUCAAAUUGAGUUACUUUUUUUAUUUCACACUCGGCGCCCACUGAACCUGGUUUCUCAUUAGACAUGGAUGUCGGCUUCAUAAUCCUCACGGCGACCGCUUGAGUCUUGGCCACAUGCACAGCCAAUUUCUGCUUGUCCAGCCAUUCAGAGAGUGCAUGUAGGAGCGCUGUAGUUUAACUACUGCGUGUGUGGUGUUCACCAACGUCGUGUAGUGCGUGGCGAGUUUGAUGCGUCCGCGGCAUGCCGGCCUGAACGCCGCGCUCAGCCGACGAGGUACCUUCUUCUGCCAAUUGGAACGUUCUGCCGUCCAGUAAGGUGGCCACGAUCUUAACUAUUCAGCGAGGACUAGUAGAUGUGGCUAGCUUGCUGAGCAGCCCGGCCGUGCCAGACGCGAUCGAAGGCCUUCUCCAUAUCAAGGAAUAUUGCUGCGGCGUGGUCGCGAUUUUUACGCGCGGCCGCCAGGUCGUACAGUACCCUCGCAGCCUGCAGGGUCGUGCAGUGCUGUGGGCGCAUGUAGACCAACAACAGCUUCUCGAAGAGCUUCGCGCCAGAGUCCAGGAGCAGGGUGGCGCGGUGAUUCCCUGGCAGCCGCGUGUUCGUCCCCUGCAUGGGCAGCAUGAUGACUCUGCCAAGCAUCCACUUGAGAGGAAAGUGUCCAGUACGGAGGAUCCAACUAAAUAGCCGCGUCAAGUCGCGAGUCCUCGCGGCGGCAGGCGGCGGAGAGCUUCAUUGGGUAUUCCGACCGGACUGGAUGCUUCGCGCUGUGUCAUACGCCACCACGCACGGUUCGACCUAAAUAUCUAUAUACGGCUGCUGUGGUUUACACGUGGUGGGCUGGGUUUGGCUGGAACUGUCUCUCCGGCAGUUGGCAAAUAGUUCUGCUCGGUCCUCGGCUUGGUAGCGGCCAGUUCAGCAGGGUGUGGACGUCAGUCACAGCGAGGAGAUAUUGCGGCGGUCUGUAGAAUGCGACCACCCGGGUUGGCUGGUGGUUGAUGCAGAUAUCCAUGCCCAGUGCAUAGAACGCACGUAGCGUUGGCUUUAGCUUCAUAUCCUAAUAUUAUUAUAGGAGGUUUUUAUUCAAUGAAAACUCGGAUAAAACGACGUUUUCUGAAAAACCAAACCUAAAAAGGGCAGCCGUUAAAUUUUCGUCAGCUUUUUCCGAUUUAUGCAGUGUAACGGUGUCAGUGUAUGGUAUGAUAAUAUUAUGAUGAUGACAAGACUGCACGGUCGGCGCGGUGGCUGCAACCGGCUACCGCGCAACGUGUACUGGGUUCCAUUCUUGCACGGAAGAACUCUGCAAUCCAUUUUUUUUUUCUAAUCCACGUAGUAAAUACUGGGGGAUCCAUAUUCGGUCCAAGGAGGGCCCCAAAUGCUGCCAAACCGCCCCUGAAGUGUGUGCUAUGCUAUAACCAAUCAUUAUUAUUUUAACUACGCAGUAUUAAGGCGGGCUCUGAGAUCACAAGUCACAUAAGGCUAUUGUCCAUCUUAGGAGUUUAAUAUUGUGAUAAAACAUCUUUUAUACAAUAUUAUAGGUGACGAGGCUUACCUGAGUUUACAUUAUUUUAUUAUAUUUGUUUUUAUUAUUAUAUUUGUUUGUUGUAGUGAUUGCUGAAGAAACUUAAGAUCCUUUUCAAAUGUCUUACCUACUUAUAUUUUACAAAUAGAAAGAAUAGAUUUGUUUAAAGCUGACGAUAUUGUACAGAUGUAAUCUCGAUCGAACCAAAUAUAAAUAUGAUUUAAUUUAACUUUUAAGUUCAUGGGACAUUUAAACCAAUAAGUAUUAUUUUAAUACUGUAGAAUCUCACCAACAUAUCUAGUCCUGAUUGAGUUAAAAUCUCGAUUUAUUUAAAUAACUACUAUUUAUACUAUACAUAAAUUGUAUGCUUUGCAAAAUGUUGAGAUCUUUGAAUUGUUCGAAUAUAGUAUACGUUAUUAUAUUAGCCGCGCGCUUAUGUCGUUUAUGUAAUGUGGUAUGGCAGUAGUUUACAGUAAACGCCAGUGUGUGUCCACUGAGUUUGUGAAUGUAACAAAUAAUAUUUGGAGAUUGUGCCUUCUAAGUCAACAUAUUAGAUAAUUAUAAAAAAUGUUUGUAUCUAAGAAAUGUUACAAACUGUAAAUGUAAAAGUUUGUGUGUAUGUUGUAUGUUUAUUACUCAAUCACGUCAAAAUAGCUGAAGGGAUCGAGAUGAAAUUUGGGAAAGGGAUAGAUUAUGGUCUGGAAUGGGCGAAGCCGCGGGCAGAAGCUAGUACUCAAUAAUGUCAUGUCAUUGAUGUAAGAUGUGUCUUAUGACGUAUAUGUUACAGUCUAAACUAUAUAGCUACCGUCACAUCAUUCGUUCGAUUACUUCAAUCCCUUCUUCCUCAUCUAGUUUAGCCUUGGUCCCAAACGUAUAAUUACUCAACGAGGUACCUAAUAUUAGUUUUGACUGAUGCUUUAUUGCAGUGAAAAGUACUAAAAUAAAUAUUUUUUUAUAUAAACCGUUUUUGACCAAACUGUUCUGUACACAGUACUUUUGACUGGUGAAGAGUUUUGACUGUAACGUAUACAAAUAUAUGUAAAAGGUACAGUGGAUAGCAGUAGCAGGUCAACCUACUCCUUUGUGUCAAAUAUUUAUUUUUACAUUUUCGGCUUUAUAUUUUUUAGUGUCGUGUUAAAAAUCCACUGAAAAAAUAUAGAUUGACCUAUUGGCUACUGUACCUACUCUUAUUCUCGUGCGUCAUUGAAUCCUAAGCCUAUGUAGGUACCUACAUGCUGUCUAUUAAUAUACAUAGGUAGGUGAAAUUAUUUGUCUGUAUUGAUUGAAUUAUUUAUUAUGUCAGCGUAUAAAUACGUCUUACGCUGUAUGAGCUGUAACUGGUAGUGUCAGCACCUUACUGGCGCGAGUACGUACUUACAAUGCGUGAUGGUACGUACACACCAGUAGGUGUAGGUAGAUAUCUGCAGAUGAUGAGAGUGAGAUGAAAUUGUGUGCGUUUCGUUACAAAUCGGAAUCUGCUGCACAUCCAUGGCAUACCGUAGCGAGGUCAGCCUGUUGUACCGGGGCUAUAAUUAUAUAUAUAAGUAUACUUAUGUCUAAGUAUGUACACUUUACAGUGUCACUCUGGUAAUGGUAUCAGGUAUUUUUUUUACCAGGUAACCGAAAGUUAUAUUAUAGAAAAGACUCGCGCAAAGAUCUCAAGCUCAAUGAAAAAUGAAAUAUAUUUAUUUUGAAUACUUAUGUAUGUUCUGUAACCCCGGCUGGGCGGUGGUAACAGUGAGAGCGAGUGCCUUUUGAAGUAAGUAACUAUUGUUACUGUAUCCGUCUUGCUUCACUAUGUCUUCGAGAGGACCGCACAACCACUCAAAUAAUUGUCUAUAAUCUGAACAUAAAUGAUAUUAUCAAAUAAAAUGUUAGCAAGGUUCUAUUAAGCGUGUAAAAGUAUAAGGUUUUGUUUUACACAGUGUAGUUUUUUCAUACAAACAUUACCCAAUUCAGGGAAACGAAUACUCGUACUACAUACGGUGAAGGUAAAUGUCGUGAGGGUACCUCGACUUACAAUAAAUAAUUAUAAUACUCAAUCCUUCUCCGUGUGAGAAGAGCGUUUUGCUCAGCACUGGACAUCUACUAAGACCUGUCACACACGUGCGGCGCAACGCGUUGCUAACGCCCAAAUACAAAUACUGAAAGGGUACACAAUUUUUUGAAUAUCUUGCCAUCGCUGUCGUUUUAUAAAGAAUAGUUGUGCGCGCUCAAGAAUAGUUGUAGUGACUAGAACUAUUCUUGAGCGCGACUUAAAAUUGAGUAGCGUUUGAAUAUUUCGACGUAAGUUUCGAUAAUUCUACUUUACAAUGACAUCGGUAGUAUUAAAACGACAACGACUAAGUACGACUCAAGGCUCAUACAUAAGUCAUAGCACACUUAACCGCCACGGCUCUAACCCAGCAAUUCACUUUUCAGUUAAUACUGAUAAUGUUAAAUAAUGAACUUUAUAUCGUAUAUCGUAUGGCAUGUUUCAUAAUGUCAAUAUAAAAACGCCGUGUCAAAGCUGUGCCGAAGCCGAGCUUGUUAGGAGUGCUAUAACAUUUAGUCUGUUUAUAAUCCUACACAGAAAAUGCGACGGACGGUCGUCGCCGAUCACUUCUGUACGAGACAGUGCGGCGUCCGCGUAACGCAACGCAAAACGAACUAUUUGGACAGGAAAUAUCCUGUCCAAAUAGUUCGUUUAAAUUGUUUUUGAAACCCUUUAAUCAAAUAGGUAGUACAAAAUGAUACUUGUACAUGUUUUACGUUUGUGAGGCAACUUCAAACCGUCUGCCACGUGUUUGUAUGAAAUACCGCGCUAUGUAAAGUCCUUAUAGUGCUCUGCGUACUUUUUGGAAGUUUAACAGCAGAUAUUGUCAACCGGAACCCAUUCCCAGAGCAUAUUCUUGCACAGAGUUAAACAACAAGUAGAAGUACCUACAUUUAUAAAUGCAGCUCCGCAUGUCAUGGUAAAAGUUAAGUGAGUGUCAAAUGUUUAUGUUCAAUUGUCUCAAACAAUAAAGUACUUAAUUUGCUUGAGUUAA